UUACUAUCUGUUCGCCAUGGCACAUUAGGGAAAGACGCCAGAAAAGGCUCCCAACGCAUUGAUUUUUAAAAUGAAUCUUAUUGUAAAGUUUCGGAGAAGCUUUCGAACACUGAUUGUUCUCUUAGCUACCUUUUGUUUGGUGAGCAUCGUCAUUUCUGCCUACUUCCUGUACUCUGGCUACAAACAGGAAAUGACCCUUGUCGAAACUACUGCAGAAGCAGAGUGCGCUGACAUCAAAAACCUUCCUUAUCGGUCAGUAGAACUGAAAACCAUCAAGCCUAUUGAUACAUCCAAAACUGAUCCCACUGUCCUUCUCUUUGUAGAGAGCCAGUAUUCGCAACUUGGUCAAGAUAUUGUAGCAAUCUUGGAGUCCAGCCGGUUUCAGUACCAGAUGGUCAUUGCUCCAGGCAAGGGAGACAUACCUCCUCUUACCGAUAGUGGCAAGGGGAAGUACACAUUGAUUAUUUACGAAAACAUUUUGAAGUACGUCAGCAUGGACUCAUGGAACCGGGAGCUUUUAGAAAAAUACUGUAUAGAAUACAGUGUUAGCAUAAUUGGUUUUCAUAAAGCCAAUGAGAACAGCUUGCCGACUACACAACUGAAAGGGUUUCCUUUGAACUUAUUCAAUAAUGUAGCUCUGAAGGACUGCUCUGUGAACCCCCAGUCUCCUCUGCUUCAUAUUACCAAAGGCCCCAAAGUUGAAAAGGGACCUCUUCCUGGGGAAGACUGGACAAUUUUCCAAUAUAACCAUUCUACCUACCAGCCAGUGCUUUUAACUGAGUUACAAACAGAAAAGUCCUCUCUUUCUUGUCCAGCCAAACACUCAUCGACAAUAAUUCAGGAUCUGGGGCUUCAUGAUGGGAUCCAGCGAGUUCUUUUUGGUAACAAUUUGAACUUUUGGUUGCACAAGCUCAUUUUCAUAGACGCCAUCUCUUUCUUGUCGGGCAAGAGGCUGACACUAUCCUUGGACAGGUACAUCCUUGUGGACAUUGAUGACAUAUUUGUGGGGAAGGAGGGCACGAGGAUGAAUGUCAAAGAUGUGAAGGCAUUACUAGAGACUCAAAAUUUACUGCGCACUCAGGUUGCAAAUUUUACCUUCAACCUUGGAUUUUCAGGGAAGUUUUACCACACAGGGACUGAAGAAGAAGAUGCAGGGGAUGACCUUCUGCUGAGGUCUGUGGAUGAGUUCUGGUGGUUUCCUCACAUGUGGAGUCACAUGCAGCCCCACCUGUUCCACAAUGAGUCUUCUUUAGUGGAACAGAUGAUUCUUAACAAAGAAUUUGCCCUGGAACAUGGAAUUCCGAUCAACCUGGGCUAUGCAGUGGCCCCACAUCACUCAGGAGUCUACCCAGUCCAUAUUCAGCUAUAUGCAGCUUGGAAGAAGGUCUGGGGUAUUCAGGUCACCAGCACUGAAGAGUAUCCACAUCUAAAGCCUGCACGGUACCGGAAGGGUUUCAUUCACAACAGCAUCAUGGUCCUCCCUCGACAGACCUGUGGGCUGUUCACGCAUACUAUUUUCUACAAAGAGUAUCCAGGAGGACCUCAAGAAUUGGAUAAAAGUAUCAAAGGAGGUGAACUUUUCCUCACAAUUCUUCUAAAUCCAAUCAGCAUUUUCAUGACACAUCUGUCUAACUACGGCAAUGACCGUCUCGGCUUAUACACCUUUGUGAACUUGGCCAACUUUGUGCACAGCUGGACCAACUUGAAACUGCAGACCCUGCCACCAGUGCAACUGGCCCAUAAGUACUUCGAACUCUUCCCUGAGCAGAAAGACCCUCUCUGGCAGAAUCCGUGUGAUGAUAAACGACACAAGGACAUCUGGUCCAGGGAGAAAACGUGUGAUCAUUUACCCAAAUUCCUUGUGAUUGGGCCACAGAAAACAGGAACAACCGCGCUUUAUUUAUUUCUUCUUAUGCACCCUUCCAUCAUCAGCAAUCUCCCUAGCCCGAAAACCUUCGAAGAAGUUCAAUUUUUUAACGGCAACAACUAUCACAAGGGAAUUGAGUGGUAUAUGGACUUCUUUCCCACUCCUUCCAACAUUACCAGUGAUUUCCUAUUUGAAAAGAGUGCUAACUACUUCCACUCAGAAGAGGCUCCCAAGAGAGCUGCAUCUCUUGUUCCCAAAGCCAAGAUCAUCACUAUCCUCAUAGACCCCUCGGACAGGGCGUAUUCCUGGUACCAGCACCAACGAUCUCAUGAAGAUCCGGCUGCCCUAAGGUUCAAUUUCUAUGAAGUUAUCACGACAGGACACUGGGCCCCUCCUGAUUUAAAAACAUUGCAGAGGCGAUGUCUGGUGCCUGGGUGGUAUGCAGUACAUAUAGAAAGAUGGCUGGCCUACUUUUCUACUUCCCAGUUGCUAAUUAUUGAUGGACAACAGCUGAGAUCUGACCCAGCAACGGUGAUGGAUGAAGUCCAGAAGUUUCUAGGAGUUACACCUCAUUAUAAUUACUCUGAGGCACUGACGUUUGAUCCUCAAAAAGGCUUUUGGUGUCAACUACUGGAAGGAGGGAAAACCAAAUGUCUCGGGAAGAGCAAAGGACGGAGGUACCCACCCAUGGAUCCAGAGUCCAGAACCUUCCUCUCCAGUUACUACCGCGACCACAACGUGGAGCUCUCGAAGCUGCUGCACAGGUUGGGGCAGCCUCUGCCCUCGUGGCUGAGACAGGAGCUGCAGAAAGUGAGAUAGCGCCCUGGAGGAGCACAGGGCACUGCGUCAUCAUUAAGGAGAAAAAGGAACCCAUGCCUUUCCCUACACGCGUGACUGAUUGCCAGGAGAGGACUAUGAAUAAAAAUCCCCAUCGAUGUUUUUCAUCAAAUGAAGACAUAUAUGCACGCAUUGGCAAUUAUUAGCAUUAUUCUUUACUUAAGGCUUUUGGAAAAUAAAAUGUGGGGUUUGUGGCAA